AUGCCUAAGAACAAGGGAAAGGGUGGUAAAAACAGGCGUCGAGGAAAGAACGAGAACGACAACGAGAAACGAGAGUUGACUUUCAAAGAAGAAGGCCAGGAAUAUGCACAAGUCGUCAAGAUGUUGGGCAACGGUCGUCUAGAGGCCUUGUGCUUCGAUGGCGAAAAGCGCCUGGCACAUAUCCGUGGCAAAUUAAGAAAGAAGGUUUGGAUAAACCAGGGCGAUAUUAUCCUACUGUCGCUGCGAGACUACCAAGACGAGAAGGGAGAUGUCAUCCUGAAAUACAGCGCCGAUGAGGCAAGAUCACUCAAGGCAUACGGAGAACUGCCUGAAAACGCGAAGAUCAACGAGACAGAUACAUAUGGUCACGAAGGUAUUGAAGACAAUGUUGAGUUCGACGAAGAUCGAGAUAGCGACAGCGACGACAAGGAUGUGGAUAUUGAUGAUAUUUGA